CACCGCACCCUACUUCGCGGAAAGGCACCAGCGGGAAGAAAGCAAAAUGGCGACGGCAUCUCAACCAGAACCAUGUUAUCUACCAUUACUAGGAAUCGCAGAAAGCUUUAGGACUUCUAAUCCACCAAACAUAAAGCUCUGUAUUCAUUGCUUGCAAGCGAUAUUGAAUUUAAAGCCUCCACCUCGGAUAGAGGCAAGGACACGAUUACAACUUGGGGGUCUCCUCUUCACUCAUACAAAAAACAUUGACCUCGCAAGAUCACAUUUAGAAACAGCGUGGGGAUUGUCAAAUAGCAUCCCUUCCUUUGAUGAUGUCAAAUUUGAAGCAGCAAGUACAUUAGGGCAAUUAUAUGAGCAACAGAGUCAAGUGCAUGCUGCUAAGCCUGUACUUCGGAAAGCAAUAGAAAUUUCCAGUGAUGCUCCAUAUUGGCGGUGCAGACUUUUGUUUCAGUUGGCACAAAUUCAUGUGCAAGAAAAAGAUUUUGUAUCUGCAGUUGGACUGCUGGGAGUUGGUGCUGACUUUGCACAAAGGAUGGGUGCACAGUAUAGUAGGGUUUUAUACUUACUUAGUAGAGGAAUGCUAUUACUUAUCAGCAAAAAUCUGACGGAAGUCCACCAGAGCCUCAGUUUGUCUGGAGAGCUUAUAGAAAGGUUGCAAGGAGAUCCAGGGAGGAAAGAAGGGCUCAAAGUGUUUUUUCUCAUUUUACAAGUUUGCCAUUUUCUAAUGGCAGGACAGGUGAAAAGUGUAAAACCAGCAUUAAAGCAACUUCAGCAAAGCAUACAGACAAUUACCUCAAUACACAUAGAUGAAAGUGAACACAUUGACCAAGAUCCUCUCCCAGCCAACCCAGCAGACUGCUUCCAGUGGUUACCUAAGGAACAUAUGUGUGUAUUAGUGUACUUGGUAACAGUCAUGCAUUCCAUGCAGGCAGGAUAUAUGGACAAGGCCCAAAAAUACACUGACAAGGCUCUCAUGCAGAUUGAAAAGUUAAAAAUGUUAGACUCAAAUCCUCUCCUGUCAUCAUUUCAACUGAUGUUGUUAGAACAUAUCAUCAUGUGUAGACUUGUUAUGGGAAACAAGACCAUGGCAAUUCAAGAAAUUUCACAAGCUUGCCAAGUCUGUCAACAAAGCCCAAAGUUACUCCAAGUGCAUGGUGCACAACUACACACAUUAUUGGGGCUGUAUGCAAUGUCAAUGAAUAGCAUGGAUGCUGCAGAGGUACAAUUUAGUACUGCCAUAAGGUUAUCUACAGAACCAAACUUAUGGAGUUUUAACAAUUUGAAUUUAGCAAUAGUUUACCUACGGAACAAUAGGCAUGCUGAUUUAAUGACAUUAUUAGACCGGAUAGACCCUGAAAGGAUUCCAGCAGGGUCUCACAGUUUGAAAGCAGCUGCAUUUUAUGUUCGUGGACUACAGUCAUUUUUUCAAGCUAGAUACAAUGAAGCAAAGAGGUAUCUCAGGGAAACUUUGAAGAUGGCCAAUGCUGAAGACUUGAAUCGCCUAACAUCAUGCUCACUGGUUUUAUUAGGACAUAUUUUUUUAUCCCUGGGAAACAGCGAAGAAGCUAUGAACAUGGUAACGCCAGCCAUUCAACUGGCAGCAAAAAUCCCAGAUGCGCAAGUACAACUUUGGGCAUCAGCUCUCCUUAGAGAUUUAUACAGGUUAGUAGGUGAUCAUGAACGUGAGGCUGCAGAACAUCAAGUCCAUCACAGUUUUUCACAGUCCCUCCUCACAGACCACAUGCAGUCAGCCAACCAGCCUGAACACAAACUAAUGCAGUGGACUGAAGGACCCUGCCCCUUCCAUUUAUUGAAUUCUCCAAAUUCAAGUGGGCCACUGUUAUAGCAUAUUCUCUAUGAAUUUCGGAAGAGAACCCAUUACAAGCUGGGGAAGAAAACAGACAAUGUACAUAUGUGAAUAGAAUACAUUAUGACCUCAUGGUGCAUUGGUCAUUAUCAUAAGCUAUCACCAGGAGCAUCAUCAUCUCUCAUCAUCAUCAUCAUCAUCCUCUUAAGAAGCUAUCUAUAAACAAUUUUAUGGAAAAGAUUGAUCAAAAUACUGCAGAUUAUGUUUUAAUAUCAGUUUGAAAAUACUUUACAACUGAAAUAAAUUUUUUAUCAAAACAG